AAUUUCUUCGAUGAUGCUAAUGUUAUAGAAUAAUUUAAUUCUGAAAAUUGCAGCAUACACCACUGCAAUUUUGCUUACCAACAUCAACCUUCAAAAGCUGUAACGAUGCCGCAAAUGAUCGUGGGCUUCUAGGGUUACCUUGCACUCACACUGUUUCAACGUUAGAGAUGGAGAGCAACGAAAUACUAGAGGAGCUUCUCAACAUCGAGGUUGAGAUUCAAGAUGUCCAAGAUCAAAUAAGAGCCUUGAUUGAAAGGCAAGAGAGGUUGUACGAGAGAAAAUCUGAGCUAAGUGCUAUUCUGGAAGCGUGUAAAGAAUCUGGAAACCAGGUUAAUAAUGUGGGUCCAAGCACUGUGGAAAAUUGGAGUGGGCCAUUUGAAUGGGAUUCUGAAGCAGAUGAUGUUAGGUUGAAUAUCUUUGGCAUUUCGUCCUACCGUGCAAAUCAAAGAGAGAUAAUUAAUGCCAUCAUGAGUGGAAGAGAUGUCCUGGUGAUUAUGGCUGCAGGUGGUGGCAAAAGCCUGUGCUACCAGCUUCCUGCUGUUCUUCGUGAUGGAAUUGCUCUAGUUGUCAGUCCUUUACUUUCCUUGAUUCAAGAUCAGGUGAUGGGUUUGACUGCUUUGGCCAUUCCAGCAUAUAUUUUGACUUCAACAACAAGUAAGGAUGAUGAGAAGUUCAUAUACAAGGCUUUGGAGAAGGGUGAGGGGGAACUAAAAAUAUUGUAUGUCACUCCCGAAAAGAUAUCAAAAAGCAAGAGGUUUAUGUCAAAACUUGAAAAAUGCCAUCAUGCUGGUCGUCUCUCUCUAAUUUCAAUUGACGAGGCACAUUGCUGUAGUCAGUGGGGUCAUGACUUUCGACCUGACUACAAGAACCUUGGUAUUCUCAAGACACAGUUCCCUAAUGUUCCCAUGGUUGCUUUGACAGCAACUGCUACUCAGAGGGUCCAAAAUGAUCUAAUAGAGAUGUUGCAUAUUCCUAGAUGUGUCAAAUUUGUCAGCACGGUCAAUAGGCCAAGUUUAUUUUAUAUGGUGAAGGAAAAGUCAUCUGUUGGGAAGGUAGUUAUUGAUGAAAUUGCAGAAUUCAUUCAAGAAUCUUAUUCAAAUAAUGAAUCUGGGAUUGUUUAUUGUUUCUCUAGGAAGGAAUGUGAACAGGUUGCAAAGGAGUUGAGGGAGAGAGGAAUUUCAGCUGAUUAUUAUCAUGCAGAUAUGGAUGUAAAUGCUCGGGAAAAAGUUCAUAUGCGGUGGAGCAAUAACAAGCUGCAGGUCAUAGUUGGUACAGUAGCUUUUGGUAUGGGAAUCAACAAACCAGAUGUCAGGUUUGUCAUCCAUCACAGCUUGAGUAAAUCAAUGGAAACAUACUACCAGGAAAGUGGUCGAGCUGGCCGAGAUGGACUUCCUUCUGAAUGCCUACUGUAUUUUAGACCUGGUGAUGUUCCCCGGCAGAGUUCAAUGGUCUUCUAUGAAAAUUCAGGACUGCAGAAUCUCUAUGACAUAGUACGAUAUUGUCAGUCCAAAAGAAAAUGCCGACGAAAUGCCUUUUUCCGGCAUUUUGCAGAGCCACUACAAGAGUGCAAUGGGAUGUGCGACAGCUGUGCAUUUUCAAGUGAGGUGAAGGAAGUGGAUGUCUCUGGUCAUGCAAAACUGAUUAUUUCAUUGUUGCAAGAUAUGCAAGCUAAUGAUCAAAGGUCAACAAUGCUGCAAUUAGUUGAUAAAAUGAAAAUAAAACAGAAGGGACUAGGGUCUGAUUUGAAACGAGAGGAAAUUGAGCAGCUCAUCUUACACCUUUUACUGGAGCGUGUUUUGAAAGAAGAAUUUCAGCAUACAGCUUAUGCCACAAAUGCUUACAUUGCUGCAGGGCCUCUGGCCAAGCAAAUAUUGCAAGGUAAGAAAUCUGCGAAGAUUGAGAUUUAUACUGAACAGAAAACUAAAGCUGGUAUAAGAUCAGCAAAACGUUGCCUUGGGUCCUCUGGUUUGGAGCGGAAGCUUGAUGAGCUGAGAAAAGAACUGUCUUCCGCCCAUGGAGGAAUACUCCCACACUCUGUCUUAACUACUGAGCAGAUAAACUUAAUAAGUUCUCAAAAACCUAACUCACUGGAACAGUUGGAGAUGGUAAUUGGAAAAUUGAAGACACAAAAGUAUGGAAAUAGAAUACUUGAGCAAAUUGAAAAGUAUUCUGAUUUCAGGCCAAGCGAUAAGCAAGGAACUGAUGGUAGAGCUGCGAAGAGGUCGAAGACCAAGAAAACUCUUGUUCUUAUUGAGAGUAGUGAAGAUGAAGCAUAAUAACUGGUGGUGCCCUCAAGGCAAUUUAUGUUUUCGUUAUAAAAUAUGGCACAAAAGAGAAAAUUUAAGUAUAUUCUUUCGUGCAAACUGAGCUUCUGCCUCAUCCAAAAGAGGAAAAGGAAUCUGGAGAACAAAUGGCGGGGAUUUGAUUGUUAUUAUCUAUAAAACAUAGUUGAUUAAUUUGAACUUAGUAAUUU